AUGAAAGUUUUCCCUACAGGACUCGUAAUUUUCCUGCUGGUAACCGCAACCGCCCUCGCGCUCGAUUACCCCCGCGAGUGCCCAUCAGCAGCGGAAGAAGAUCCCUGGCAUCCCGUCCAUCUACCGCACCCAACCGAUUGCAGCAAAUUUUACAAAUGCUUCAAAGGACAAAAGCACGAGCAAGUUUGCCCCGGUGGCCUGCACUGGAACAUCGAACGGGACUACUGUGACUAUCCGGAAGAGGCAAAAUGUGUGCGGCCGUUGCCGUAUUUGUAGAGUCGGAAUUUCUUUUGGUUCUACAGUUUAAAGUGACUCGAAUAAAGAUUUGUGUUGAAUAAUUGA